GAUGCCCUGACCACCUCGAAAGUCGACAAAGGCAUUUCCGCACACCAACACUGCCACUCCAUCAGUGCCGCACUCCGUCACGCGUCGCCGCCACUUCCUCAGCUCAGCUCAGCUCUACUGCUGCUCGUUGGGAAUGGGCGUUGGGGCUUCCUGUCCUCCGCCAUGGCGGCGCCACCUCCUCUGCUCUGCCUUCCUCUUCCUCUUCAUCUGCCUCUGGGGUACUUCCGAUGCAAAUGAAGAACUUGCUGCGUUACCUCCAAGAGGGUGGAACUCAUAUGAUUCCUUUUCAUGGAUAGUGGAUGAAAACGCAUACAUGCAAAAUGCACAGAUCUUGGCAGAGAAGUUACUCCCGCAUGGAUAUCAGUAUGCAGUGAUUGAUUUCCUCUGGUACCGGAAGUAUGUUGAUGGAGCUUACACAGAUUCAUAUGGAUUUGAUAACAUUGAUGAAUGGGGUCGACCAUUUCCUGACCUUCAAAGAUUUCCAUCAUCUAUAAAUGAUAGAGGGUUCAGUCAAAUUGCCAGUAAGGUUCACGAAAUGGGUUUGAAAUUCGGCAUCCAUUUGAUGAAAGGGAUAAGUUUGCAGUCUGUUAAUGCAAACACACCCAUCUUGGACACUAAGACGGGAAAACCCUACAUAGAGGAUGGCCGGCACUGGACAGCUCGUGACAUAGGUCUUAAUCACAGAACUUGUGCGUGGAUGCCGCAUGGAUUCAUGAGUGUUAAUACAGAUAUUGGAGCAGGACGGGCCUUCUUAAGAUCCCUUUACCAGCAAUAUGCUAAUUGGGGUGUUGAUUUUGUGAAGGUUGAUUGUAUCUUCGGCACAGAUUAUAGCCCGGAAGAAAUCAUUAUUAUUUCAGAGCUACUGCAAGAGAUUGACCGCCCAAUCAUCCUGUCCCUGUCACCAGGGACUGAAGUUACUCCAGCAUUAGCUGAGAAUAUUAGCGAUCAUGUUAACAUGUAUAGAAUAACUGGAGACGAUUGGGACAACUGGAAAGAUGUGAGUUCACAUUUCUCUGUCUCAAGUUCCUUCGCUGCUGCAAAGAAGAUCGGAGCCAUUGGAUUACGAGGAAAAUCUUGGCCAGACUUAGACAUGCUUCCAUUUGGAUGGCUUACCGAUCCAAGUGUAAAUCAAGGUCCUCAUAGGAAAUCUAACCUUACACUUGAUGAACAGAAAACUCAGAUGACACUUUGGUCAAUGGCUAAAUCGCCUCUCAUGUACGGAGGAGAUUUGAGACACCUUGAUAGUAGUACAUUAAGCAUAAUUACAAAUCCUACAUUACUGAAAAUAAACCACUACAGUAAAAAUAACAUGGAGUUCCAUUAUGUGUACGUUGAAAGGACUUCCAACAGAGAACAUUCUGAUUACUUUGGGUCUCCUUAUCAUGUUCACCUGACAGAGAAUGAUGGUAUGGUUGUCGGUCUCACUGCCUGCAGUGACAGCAAAGCUAAUGGAUGGUAUAUGCUUUCACAAGAUGGGAAGCCAGAUCAUAUAUGCAGGGACUAUGAAGUAGAGAAUGACAAAAAUAUCUCAUUUUGCUUGGGGAAAACAGAGCCUCUUCAGGCAUCGGAUCUCAUUACCAUGGGCAACAAGGAAUAUCAAGCAAAGUUCCAUCUUGCAGUUUCAAACAUUGAUGAUACUUGUUUGGAUGCUUCUGCUAGCCGAUGGCGCACUGCCUCAGAGAACAAGUUUCCCAUGUUCUCCAGAUGCAGGUGGCAUGCAAAACAGAUAUGGCAGCUGAAUGAGAAGGGAAAUCUUGUGAGCAGCUAUUCAAGAUUAUGUGCCACAGUGGAAUCAAGGAAGGAAGGUACUACUGGAGCUCGUGCAUGGGUUGCAACUGGAAGUAAAGGAGAAAUCUAUCUUGCGUUCUUCAACCUCGACUCCACGAGCAGGAAGAUGACUGUGAGAAUAUCAGACCUGAAGAAAGCUCUAAGGAGAACGUUCGUAAGAAAAAACCUGUGUAGCUGCACUGAAGUUUGGAGCGGAAGGUAUCUCGGUCUCUUGAAGGAAGAGAUUUCAGGUGUCGUUAAUCCACAUGGCUCCAUGGUGUUCGAAAUCAUAUGUUGAGAUUGCAGCAGUUCUGUCAUUGGGCGGAAAGUUCAGGAAGGUUGCAGUGAUCAUUUGUUGCAAGAUCCAUUCCUGAAUAUUGUGGGCCGUAGAUCAAAUAUCUAAGUUGCUGGGUGCUGUUUGUUAUUAGACAGCGAAAGAAAUAAAAAUUAAAGAGCUCAGCUAUAUUUUCGAUUGAUGUCCUAAUGGACUCAACCGACUUCCGUUAAGUGCUACACAUUUUAACUAUUCGUGAUUUAACAGCGAAUGUCCAACAACACUCAAUCAGAGGUUAAAUCACAUAAUUGCGUCA